ACACUGUACCUGUCAUCAUUAGUAGGUCGCCCUGAGUGGCUCAUCAGUAACAAAGCACGGAAAUAACAUAAACACUCUCCAGCGGGCCAUGGAAGCAUGCUGAGGCCAUUAUUAGGUGGAACCGUGCUCCCGGGGCUACUGUGGAGGGUGUGUCCCCCCUGUGUUCACGUGACCAGUCAGGUGAGGUCAAGUGCGAGGUCAAGGCUUUGCUCUGGGUUCACGUGGCUGCGUGUGUCGUCGACCAUGGCUGACGGCCAGACCUUCACUCCCUUCCCUCACUUCGCAACGGAUGCUAUUCACGAAGGACAGGAACCUGAGCAAUGGAAGUCCAUGGCAGUCGUACCACCGAUAUCAACAGCAACAACAUUCAAACAGUUCGCACCCGCCGAGCACGCCGGUUUUGAGUAUUCGAGAAGUGGAAACCCCACUCGAAACUGUUUGGAAAAAUGUCUGGCAGCAUUGGAAGGAGGCAAACAUGGAUUGUGUUUUUCUUCUGGUCUGGCAACUACCAUGACAGUAACACACCUUCUGAAAAGUGGAGACCAUGUUAUAAGCAUGGACGAUGUGUAUGGAGGUACCAACCGCUACUUUCGCAACUGCGCCCUGCCAAUGGGCAUUGAUAUCUCUUUUGUGGACUGCACCAAGAUAGCAAAUGUGGAAAAUGCUCUGAGACCAGACACGAAGAUGGUGUGGCUGGAAACACCAACUAAUCCUACCAUGAAACUUGUGGACAUAGAAGCUGUCUGCAAGCUUGUUCAUGACAAAAGCCAGGCUUUUGUAGUCGUGGACAACACCUUCAUGUCGUCAUACUUCCAGCGACCACUUUCAUUGGGAGCAGAUAUGGUGAUGCAUUCUGUGACAAAAUACAUGAAUGGUCACAGCGAUGUUGUAAUGGGGGCACUCAUGUUAAAUGAUGACAAGAAGGCCGAGCGACUUCGGUUCCUGCAAAAUGCCCUGGGACCAGUCCCAUCUCCAUUUGACUGUUACCUGGUUAAUCGUGGGCUGAAAACACUGGCUCUGCGCAUGAGACAACACAUGAUCGGUGGACUGGCUGUUGCUCGUUUUCUGGAAGCGAGUCCGCGUGUACUUAAGGUGAUGCAUCCAGGGCUAGAGUCCCACCCUCAGUAUGAGUUGGCCAAAUGCCAGAUGAAGGGCUUCAGUGGAAUGGUGACUUUUUUGAUAAAGGGUGGCAAAGAAGAAGCUUCCACUUUCCUCAAAUCCCUGAAAAUUUUCACACUUGCCGAGAGUCUUGGAGGCUACGAAAGUCUUUGUGAACUUCCGUCAGUGCAGACACAUGCGUCAGUUCCUGCUGACCAGCGAGAGCUUCUUGGAAUUACAGACAAUCUGGUUCGCCUGUCUGUUGGACUUGAGGAUAUUGAGGAUUUGAUCAACGAUAUCGAUGUAGCUCUCAAAGUUGCUAUACCUUGAAGGUGAUGGCUGCCUGCGACCAGGACUUCUGAUGUAGGACAGUACAACAGAUGCUAGACAAUGUAUCUUGAAGAAAUUAUAUUUAGUGCAUAUCAUUUGUUGUUUUUUUAUGUUUUUCCUUCAUCAGAAGUGCAACACAGUUCAUUUUGGGGCUUGUAUUGCCUGUGUAAGCAAGAGAUCUGAAGCAAGGAAAGAAAAAGAACUUUAUUUACCUGAAUCUGUGGGGUGUGCAGGGUGAGAAUCUUCUAGACUUCAAGGAUGUAAUCUGACCUUAGAUCACUGUCGGUUAUAAUCUUUUACAUUUUAAUGCAAUCUCUCUGCUUGACAAUCAUGAAACAUCAUCGGUCUGGUUACAGUGUAAUAACUUUACUUUCGUCAUGAGGAAAUAAUGAAACUUUUGACCUGAACAUUUGAACUGGUAAAAGCUUGCCUUGUGACAAAGAUCUGUCUUCUAUUUACCUUUUUAUUCACAGAACAAUCCACGAGAUAUGUCUCUCUGUGUUAUGUCUUUUCUUCUGCUUACUGUUUGGUAUAUAUUAUGUGUGGAAGGGGGAGACAGCUGAGAUUUUUUUGUCAAGCACAAAAUGCUUACAAAUUUCACCCCUCUAACACACAGUAUACAGUCUUUCAGAAUGGUGUCAUUAUAGUCAGGAAGCAAUUUUGCUUUUUAAUGUUACCAAAGAUUUUAUAGAAAAGUAUUUCGCAUAGUAUGUUCGUGCCGUUGGUGGUCACCCAGCAUGAGGCUUCAAAUUUGUGUGGCGGUGGCUAGAUACUGGGCUACUCCAGGAGUUGAUAUCUGUGGACUUCCAAUUGUAUUUUUUGAUUGAUUGGUGAUUUGCUUGUCACAAUGAUCUGGUUUAAGAAAAUUAAAACAGAUUACUUUUGACUGUAA